GUGGCCUCGACCUGCAUUUUUUUCUCCGAUUGUGACUCACCACACUUACGUUCCGGAAAGGCGGGGGAUUCUCUCUAUACUCCAGACCCUCUUUUCACUCGGCAAUAUGGCAACCAUGACCGCCGACGAGCGGUUCGCGCUCAUCUCGGAGAACCUUCAAGAGGUCCUCAAUCCGGAUGUCAUCAAGACGAUCCUCGCCGAGGGCCGCAAUCCGAGAGUUUACUGGGGAACAAGCCCGACUGGAAAACCUCACUGCGGAUAUUUCGUGCCGGCGGUGAAGAUCGCGCAGCUUCUGGCUGCAGGCUGCGAGGUUACUGUUUUGGUGGCGGACAUUCACGGAUUCCUGGACAACUUGAAAGCGCCAAUUGAACUCGUCGAACACCGGUCGAAAUACUAUGAAUACACGAUCACCGCCAUGCUGCAGGCCGUCGGCGUCUCGACGGAGAAACUCCGCUUCGUUCUCGGUAGCUCCUACCAGAAGACCCCCGAGUAUAUCAUGGAUGUGUACAAGCUGUGCUCGAUGGUCUCGGAGCACGAUGCUAAGAAGGCCGGCGCGGAGGUCGUCAAGCAGUCGGAUAACAGCCCUCUGUCGGGACUGUUGUACCCGAUUCUGCAGGUGCUUGAUGAGGAGUACCUCAAGGUUGAUGUGCAAUUCGGAGGUCUGGAUCAGAGAAAGCUUUUCGCCGCCUCUACGGAAUGGCAACCCAAGAUGGGCUACAAGAAGCGUGGCCAUCUCAUCAACCCUCUCGUCCCCGGUCUGACCGGUGGUAAAAUGAGCUCCAGUGAAGAAGACAGCAAGAUCGACCUCCUCGAGUCAGUAGACAGCAUCCGCAAGAAGAUCCGCAAGGCCCAGGCCGCGCCCCAGCAGACCGAAAACAACGGCGUCCUGUCCUUCGCCCAGUACGUCCUCUUCCCGGCCCUGGCCCUCAAGACCGGCACGCCCGAGUUCCGCGUCAGCCGCGAGCGCGAUGGCCUCGAGCCCCUGGUCUACAGCCACAUCGACCAGAUGGUGAGCGACUACAAGAACGACGUCCUGACCCCUCAACUGCUGAAGCCCGCCGUGGCCGACGCCCUCGUCGAACUGACGGCGCCCAUCCGUGCCGCCUUCGAGGCCUCCCCUGAAUGGCAGGACGUAAUACAGAAGGCCUACCCGCCGCCGCCCCAGAAGGAGAAGAAGAAGAAGCAGAAGGAUAAGGGCUCGCGCUACCCCGGGGCUGGGGCUCCCGCUGCUGACCAGGCGAAGCCUGCCGACGCGGAGCCGACGAACUAAUUUACUGCUAGACUAUAUUUCAUUGGAAGAUAGAUGCAGGUUAUCUACAUCACGAAUAUAAGGCUAAAGAGUUUUGAUGGC